AUACUCGGAGUAGGAGAGAGAAAGCUAUAGUAUCCGAAUUUCCGAUAAAGAGAGAGAAAGUGCAUAACCAGAACCAUAAAUAUAUCCAUCAUUCCAAUUUCGAGCUGGAAAAGGUUUCUUCCCUGUCCUUUGCCUCUCUUUUCUUAGAACCAAAUCACCCAACCCAACCUAACUUAACCAAACCAAACCAAACGUCCAAACCUAACCUCAUCCAUUUCAUUUCACAACCGCCACCGUCACCGUCACCGCCGCCGCGAGACACCAAAAGUCUUUUUUUUUUGUUUCCCCUUUUUACCCUUUUGUUCGUCUUGUAUUUACUCUCCAUACCCUUCUUCAAUGGCGUCUUCUCCUCCAUCCAUGGCUUCUUCUUCGCUUCUUCUCCUUUGUUUGACUGCUAUGUCUUUGGUUCAAUCUGCAUCUUCCUCAUCUGCGUCUUCUUCUCCCCCUUUGUGCCUUCCCGAGCCUCCUUCGUUUCUCUAUAAUCUUCAAUCUCAGUGCCCCAUCUUGAUCCAAUCGAAUCCACCACUUCAGGUGGAUGGAAAUUUCAUAGAAGGAAUUUUGUCUGGCAAAAAGAGGAUUGAAUAUAUUUCCAUACUCUUCUAUGCUUCCUGGUGCCCAUUUUCACGCAGAAUGCUUCCUAAAUUUGAAAUUCUUAGUUCCAUGUUUCCUCAAGUGGAACAUUUUGCUCUUGAGCAAUCAUCAGCUUUGCCAAGCUUAUAUUCAAAAUAUGGAAUCCAUAGCUUGCCUGCUAUAUUGCUGGUGAACCAGACAUCAAGGUUGAGAUAUCAUGGUCCAAAAGAUGUUCUCUCCCUUUUGGGAUUUUAUGAGAGAAACACCGGAUUCAAAGCAAAUAGUGAUGUUGUUGUUGGUCAACUAAGCAGUAUGUUGAGUGAUGAGAAUCCAACUACAAAGUCAUUGAUGGGUUUGUCUCUGAGAGAAACAUCAAGCAAGGAACCCUACUUCGUGUUCUCAGUAUUGUUUCUCUGUUUGAGGAUACUUCUUUUUGUGUUUCCCAAGAUCGUAUUGCGUCUCCGAGCAUUCUGGGUUUCAUGUGUUCCUCAUCUGAACAUGCAAAUAUUUGGUGAGACAAGCCAAGUGAUGGGGCGUGUGCUUCACGCGAUUGAUGUGAGGAGGAUUUGGACCAAGCUAAGACUAUGCAAGACCAGGAGUUUUCAUGAAAGGGCAAGGAGUGCCCAGGUUUGGGCUUCAUCUCUGGCUUCUGUUUCAUUGGGUGAGUCAUCGUCAGCUAGGUCAUCAUCUCAAGGUUUGAACUAACAACCUUAUCAUGUGAUUUUGAGGGUAGUUAAAGAGUUUAUUUUUAUCAGAUAAUAUCCUCAAGCUGCAGUGAAGCUUGGCAGCAAAUAGUCUUCUCUCUUGCUAAUUUUAAUAUUAGUGGUAAUAGCCAAAUGUUGGUUUCUGUUGAAGUUGGGUUUUGGGAGGAAGAACAGGCAUGUAUAUUUUGAGUACUGCUUUCCUUUUGUGUAAAUUAGUUGUUUCUGAAUGAAAUUACACACACAUUACUGUAAUAUAAGCAUUCUACUCCCCACCCCACAUAUACACACACACACACACACACACAAAAAACAUACAUAC